AUGACUGCUGGUGAUUUCAUCUUGAAGCUACUUUUCCUGGCCCAGACUGGGGUUGGGGUGGCAGGGAAUACCCUUCUUCUCUCAGUCUAUGCCCCUACAUCCUCUACUGCCCAUGCACCGAGGCCCACGCACCUGAUUCUCACCCACAUGGCUGUGGCCAACUUCUUGGUUCUUUUCUUCAAGGGGAUUCCCCACACGAUGUUAAUCUGGGGAAUAACACCCAUCCUGGGAAACACGGGAUGCAGACUUGUGUACUAUAUCCACAGAGUGGCCCGGGGCCUUUGUCUCUGCACCACUUGCCUCCUGAGCAACUUCCAGGCCAUCACCAUCAGCCCGAGAUCUGCAAGGAGGAUGGGGCUCAAAGACCGAGCUCAUAAGGACGUCAGUUUCUCCUGUGCUCUGUGUUGGAUCCUGAACUUGCUGAUAAAUACCUUCAUUCCUGUGCAUAUUGAGGGUCUUCAGCAUAUUCACAAUUCUACCAAGAUACAAAGCUAUGGACUAUGCUCUUCUAAAAGUCCUAGAACAACUGAUGCAAAAUUACCAAUUAUCCUGACAUUGCCAGAUGUUGUGUUCCUAGUACUCAUGGCCCGGGCAAGUGUCUUCAUGGUACUUCUCCUAUACAGACACCGCCAGCAAGUGAAACAUAUUCGAACUCAAGGGAAUUUCCACAAAGUUUCCCCGGAGGCAAAAGCCACUCAAACCAUCCUGCUUCUAGCGAGCACCUUCAUUUUAUUUUACUCCAGCAAUUCCAUCCUCACAAUUUAUAAUGUUGUUGUUUUAAAAUUUUACCUCUGGCUGCAGCACACUAUUAGCUUUCUAGCAGCCUGCUAUCCCACACUUGGCCCCCUGAUACUGAUGCUUCAAGAUCCUCAAGCACCAACUUGCUGCUCUUAA